AUGUCCCGUCUGCCGGCGCGAUCGCAUGCACCGCCAUCCGCCGUCCUAUUGGUCGACGAUGCGCACGCAGCACUACCACAACCGAGGACCUACCGCCGCGCGCACCCAGACCGCCCCCCUCAAAUGCGCCGCAUCGGUCGUUCCCCCGUAAGCAGCCCCACAGGCAUCAAGGCCCGGUCAGCACGUUCACCGUUCAACCUAUCGCGCAGCGCCAUUCGCCUGCGGGCGAGCAAAGGUCAGGGCGCGGCAAUACAAGGCGACGUCAGGUCGUCCCAUGGUCACGCCAUCUCCGCGCCCGCACCAGCAGUGUUCGAGUACCACGGCCCGGUCAGCGCAUGCUUCGUCGAUGCGUGCGCAGAUACUCUCGCGCUGCAAUCAUCGCAGCGGGCGGCGGUCAGCCGUCCUCCGCGGUGUCCCAGUGUGCGCCGCGCGAUUGCUGCCAAUGAUUGA